AAUGGCGACUUUCGAGUGGAGCCCUGAGCCCUUUAAAUCACCACCUGAACUUAAAGUAUACAACAGCUUCACAAAGAAGAAGGACAAAUUCGUGCCUCUGAAUGGAAAAAGUGUCACGUGGUACUGCUGUGGACCCACAGUCUAUGACUCAUCGCAUAUGGGCCACGCGAGGGCGUACAUAACAUUUGAUAUUAUCAAACGUAUUCUCCGUGACUAUUUCUCAUAUGAUGUACUUGCUGUUAUGAAUAUAACUGAUAUUGAUGACAAAAUAAUACAGAGAGCUAGACAAAGGUACUUGCUGGAUAAAUACAAAAACUAUUCACAUUCGAUAGACAAAGUGAGAACUGACAUAGAAAAGUGUAAAGUAGAAUUGACCUCAAAGUUGGCAGCAGAAAAAGAUGCUGAUAAACUUUUCACAUUAAAUAACGUCAAAACACAACUCGAUUCUGUUAACUUUGAAAAAGAUGAAAUCGAAACUCUGAUAGAAAAAUCAAAAGAUGCUUUGAUGGAACUUUUGGACCAUGAGUUUGGUCAUGAAGUUAAUGACAAAGCAGUUUUCGAGGAGCUUCCCAGAUUUUACGAGCGAGAUUAUUUUGAUGACAUGAAAAACCUUGGAAUCGAAUCACCUGAUAUUUUGACCCGUGUGACCGAAUACGUGCCUGAAAUUGUAACAUUUGUUGAAAAAUUGAUUGAAAAAGGAGUGGCAUAUGAGUCAAAUAAUAGUGUUUAUUUCGACGUGGAUAAAUUUACAUCAACAUCUGGCCAUUAUUACGCCAAACUAGUUCCCGAGGCGCUUGGAGACGAGGCGAAGCUGCGCGAAGGGGAAGGUGGUUUGAGUGUUGCGGAAAACCAAUCGCAAGAGAAACGGUCACCAAGGGAUUUCGCUCUUUGGAAGAAAUCUAAAUCAGGGGAACCGUUUUGGGACUCACCUUGGGGCCAAGGAAGACCUGGUUGGCAUAUAGAAUGUAGUGUAAUGGCUAGUGAUGUACUAGGGCAGAGUAUAGAUAUACACGGCGGAGGUGUAGACUUGAAGUUCCCGCAUCACGACAACGAAAUCGCACAAGCCGAGGCGUAUUUUGGAAACAACGAUUGGAUCCGAUAUUUCUUGCACUCUGGACAUCUUAAUAUCGAGGGGCGCAAAAUGUCGAAGUCUUUGAAGAAUUUCACGUCAAUUAAAUCUGCUCUGGAAACUUACUCUUCUACUCAAAUCAGAAUUCUGUUUUUGUUACACGAAUGGUCAUCGACUUUGGAUUACAGCUAUGAGACUAUGAAGGAGGCGCUUAGCUUUGAAAAGUAUUUAUCCGAGUUCUUCUUAGUGGUCAAAGACAAAUUGCGGUCUGACCCCGAAGCCAAUAAGCUUAGAAAAGUCACUGAAGAUGAAAAGUCGCUUUUCAAAGAGCUCGUGCAAGCUAAAAGCGAGAUUCAUGCUCAUUUGUGCGAUUCGUUCAACACGCCGAGAGUAAUGUUGACCAUGAAGAAUUUAGUCUCCUCUAUCAAUUCGUAUAUUCAGUCUAUGGGAAAUGCGGAACCAAAUUUUGCCUUAUUAAGAGCGGUCGCUACUUACAUAACUCAUCUGUUGACGGUGUUUGGCGUGAUUGAUAAGAAGUCGCCAAUUGGGUUUUCGGGGGGCCCUGGUGAAGCGGGAGAUGGGGAGAAGUUGUUGCUGCCAUUUUUGGACAUGUUCGCCGACUUCAGAGAAGAAGCAAGGCAGUGUGCGUUCACUCUGCUGAAGUCAUGUGACUUGUUGCGAGAUGAAGUUCUACCUGACCAGGGCGUGAGGCUGGAAGACAAGCAAGGUCAAAAGUCUGUGAUCAAAUACGUUGGCAAGGAAGCAAUCGAACGUGAAAGGAGGCAAAUGGAAGAACUGAAGGAACGAAAGCUACAAGAAAAAGAGAAUUUGAAGAAGCGUCAACAGGAACAGAAUGCACAGUACAAAGUAGACCCGAAAGAUAUGUUCAAAGGCGACACCGACAAGUACUCGGCGUUUGACGACAAGGGAAUUCCGACUCACUUGGGAGAUGGGUCUGAGGUCAAGGAGAGCCAGAAGAAAAAGCUGAUUAAACAGUACGAACAGCAGAAACAGAAGUACGAUAAGUAUAUGAAAGAUGAACGAGCCAAAGGGGCUUCCACCAGUUGACACAGAGUGAAUUGAUAAAAAAUAUAAUUAUGUAAAUUAUUGCUAGUACAAUUUGUAAAAUGCUUUGGCUAUUAUGGUAGCUAAUGAAAUUAAAAGUGGUGUUUGAAUGCUAUUGUUCAACAAAGAACUGUUAUUGAGGCUGUGCUUACAAAUUUGAAAGUUUGGAACCUUCAUAUUGUUACCCUAAAACAGUGUUUUGUCGCACUGAAGUUAAGAUAUAUCCAUUUGACAAAAUAUUUUGGACAUCU